UCCGCAACAACGAGUGCUGUUGCUUCUAGUUCCAAAACGAUCGGAAACAGAGAAGAACAAUGUCGGAUUUUCCCUUCGAACGACCUUCAUCUUCUCCUCUGUUCGGAGGAUUCUCAAGCAGCGGUACCACCUCUGCCUCGGGCUUCUCGUCUCUGUUCAGUUCCAGUCCUUCCAUCUUCAGUUUCCCUUCCGUCGGUGUAAAUUCAGGUAACCAUGCUUCAAGUAAUGCUGCUUCGGCAACUUCAACUUUCAGUGCCACUAUUGGCCAAACAUCACCAAGUAGUUGGACAAAUUCAACUGCACCUACUUCAAAGAACAAGCCACAUGCAAAUGUCAACAAAGCAAUGUCUGGCUUAAAGGAUACGGAGGAUGAUUUGAAAAGGAAAAUAAGUUUCUUAAGCGGAUUUGUUGUGGCAUUCAAAGAACAAACCCACACUGAUAUACAGCUUAAGCCUAACAAUGGGCCCUGCAUACCUGCACACAAAGCUUUACUGGCUGCAAGAUCUGAAAUCUUUAAGAAUAUGCUGGACUCAGAUGGCUGCAAGGCUCCACCAAGUGAUACUGAUACCAUCACUCUGUCUGAGUUAAACACCGAAGAGCUUGAGUCUCUCCUAGAGUUUCUUUAUACUGGGGACUUGCCCUUAGAUAAGUUGGAGAAGCAUGUUUACUCUCUAUAUGUUGCAGCUGAUAAGUAUGAGAUUCCAUACUUACAAGAGUCCUGUGAGCGUUACAUGCUGAAUUCCUUGAAUGCGUCGAAUGCUAUUGACAUUUUAGAGAUCGCAGAUGCUCAGUCAAACAAGACACUGAAGGAAACUACUUUGAGCUUCAUUAUCAGAAACAUGAAGGAUAUAGUGUCCACGACAAAGUAUGAAGUGUUCGCUUCCAGUAACCCGCUUCUUUGCGUGCAGAUUACAAGGGCGUUUGUUGAUGCGAAAAGCAACUUGAGUUAGCUAGAUGAAUCUGACUAUACCAAUGAUGGAAGAAAUGGGGUUUUAGGAGUAAAAAAGUUUGGGAUGCUGAUGCAAUGCAACCAAUGGUUAGUUAAUAUGCAAAGAUCAUUGUAAAUAUGACUGUUUAGAACAAAUUUGUCCUUUGAAUGAAUCACUACAACUAGUCCUUGUGUGAAUAGAUCAGAAUAUUGUGGUUUGUUUUGCUUUUAUCUGUUGGCUACUUCCUGCCUUGAUUCAUGUGUAUAUAUACAUACCGUUUGUAUGUAUGUAUGUAUGUAGAUAUUGCUCAUAUUCAUAUCAGAUAUGAGAUAGAAUGUCACGCCAAUUUGCUGAUGUCA